AUGAAUUUUAAGAAAAAUAGCUAUUUGAUUAAAUUUUAAUAUCGAAAACGAAUUAGGCGACUCAUAUCUCAACAAAUUUCAACAUGGGUUUUCAAUGUUCAAAAAGAAUUAUGGGUUUUCAAAAGUAUUUAAGAGUCUUUUUUUUAUUUCUUCUUAAAUGAUAUAUUUACCAAUGAAAAUGCGCUUAGAACUUAGAAAUUAAUGAUAAAGAAAUAGUAGUGUGACACAUAUGUAUAUCUUAUAUAUAUAUUAAGUAAAGAUUAAUGAUAUAUUAAGUAAAAUCUAAUGAAAUCUUAUAAAUAUAGUGAUGUGACUCAUGUGCAUAUCUCAUAUACACAUAUUAAGUAAACAAUCAAAUUUUUUAUUAUUAUAAAUCUUAAUUACUUACAAAGUAAGCAAUUUUCUAAGAAUCUCAGCUAUAGUAGUAUAAUAAAUUCAAUUAUUCUAAAUACAUAUUUUUAAAAAAUUUAAGAUUUGUUUCCAUUAAUUAGUCAAGAAUGCAUACAAAUCUAAAAUGUCUACGCUAGAAAAUUACUCCAUUUGUAUUUCAUAAGGUAUAUUUUUAUAGAUUUAUAUAUAUAAAUAUGUUUAUUCAUAAAGUCAUAUUUGUAUAAAUAAUUUCAUAAUAUCUUUAAAAUUUAAACCAAUAUUAAUUAAAUAAACUUAAUUAUUUACAAUAGAUAUUUCGUAAAGUAUUUGCUUUAAAUUAAUACAAUUGAAUAAAUAACAGGUACAUUUAUUUAUAAAAGAAAAAGAAAAAAUCUAUUAAAAGUUAUUUUCUAAAAAUGAAAAAUACAUUUUUAAAAGCGGAAAGUUUAUUAUACUAGAUUUUGAACCGCAAAAUUACAAAAUUUCGCGCGAAACACAGAUCACCCCCACUAGUAUAUAUAUGUGUAUUUUGGUACACAAAAUUUCAUCUGCUCAUAAAUUUGGAAAGGUGAAGAUAAAAAUCCACCACAACCUAUCUCACCUCUAUAGCCAAUCUUUAGAAGCCCUCCUUACUUGAUAUCCUCACCUUUUCUAGAUGUUUACAUUCAUGGAUACAGCCGGAGUGAAACGUGCUCGCUACACUAGCCCGCCUGGUGAAGUUGAUCGGCUAAGCAGUUUGCCAGAUUGCUUGAUAUUCCAUGUACUCUUAAAUCUUCCGACCAAAGAUGUGGUUCAGACCAGUCUCUUAUCCCCCAGAUGGACACAUCUCUGGAAACACGUACCUGGUCUAGACUUAGACACCGAAGAUUUCAAAGAACUUGACACCUUCGUGACUGUUGUCGAUAGCUUUCUUGAACGUAACCGCGGUUCGUCCGUACAUCGUUUUAAGUUAGCGUACGACUCUCCCGUCGUUGUUGAGCCUAACACUGGUCUUGUCAAGCGCUGGCUCGACGCUGCUGCUAAGCUGAAAGUUAAACAUCUCAAUGUUUCGGACAAUUCAUCACAGAGUUGGGACCUCGUGAUGUCUCCAACGGUUUACACCUGUAGCAGCUUGGUAUCCUUAAGGCUCGUGGGGCUAACCUUACCUAAUACCGAGAGUGUUUCAUUACCUUCUCUCAAAGCUAUGGUUUUACUCCUCGUUGAGUUUACCAACAAUCGGGCAUUAGAGAAUUUAAUCUCAAAAUGUCCAGUUCUUGAAAACUUAUGUAUUGAGAGAAGCUACGGUGAUGGAAUAUCGAUUUUACGUGUGCAUUCUAAGUCUCUGUUGACCUUCAUGCAUGAUGCGGGUAAUAACGAGGAUUAUGAUGAAGAUCGUAUAGUUGAAAUCGAUGCUCCCAUGCUUAUUUAUCUGAGGAUCAGUGAUGCUCGAACUACAAGUUUCAUAAUAAAGAGUCCACCUUCCAUUGUGGAAGCGGAUAUAGAUACUGUGUUUAACUUAAUUUCUGGAAGGAGACUAGGAGUUGCAGAUGAAGUACAAAAGAGAGAGAUGGUUCGUGAUUUUCUCAUUGGGAUCUCUAAUGUGAAAGAUCUGACCAUAGCCUCCUCUACUCUCGAGGUCAUUUAUGACUACUCAAGAUAUGUACAACUACCGGUGUUUCGUAACCUAUUUCUAUUGCGUGUCACGUUCGAUAGCUACAUGUGGGAGAUGCUGCCAGUCUUUCUUGAAGUCUGUCCAAAUCUGAAACAUCUUGUCGUGGGAACUUCUGAAAAUCCCAAGACGGUGGGAAUUACUGUUAUUGCCAGGCCUUGGAAUCUGUUAUCAUCUCUAGAGCAUGUUGACAUUGAAAGGCAUCUGAAAGGGGAGGCGUUGGAGAUGUCACUAGUGGGCUAUUUUCUUGAGAGCUCACCAAACCUCAAGACACUAGUAUUAAGCUUGGAUGAUUCGCUAAAGAAAGGAGAAUCUGCCUACAAGCUAACAUUAAGUUUGGAUGAUGCCCCAAAGAAAGAAGAAUCUGACAUCUUCAUAGAACUCCUUAACUUUCCGAGACUCUCUAGCUCAUGCAAAAUUGUUGUCUGAUCAAUGAUCCUCAUAGUCAUCACCAGUGGACAUAUAAGUUGUCUUUGAUAUGAUCUAUUUGUUGCUUUUUUAGUUUAUUAUGAUAUUGGAGUGUUGAAGUUGGUAAGAUAAUUAUAGUAUUUAUCAUAUUUAUGAGUCAAAUAAGUAUUUGAUUUAUCGUGGCUAAAGGCAUAUAUGCUUUGGAAUUUGUGAACAUGGUUUUGUGCUUCUUCUUUUUGUCUUGCAUAGAGCUAUAUAUAAUUUGUUUGUAUUAAACAAAACAAUUGGUACCUAUAUAAUAAAAAAUUGUUUUAAAAAUCACAAAAAACAUUUUUGGAAGAACACUUCUACCUCCAAAAAAUCACGUUUGUACUAGUGGGAAUAAUAUCUCAUCAAGCUUCUGAUUACGUUUCAAUUCAUUAAGAAUAAAAAAUGAAAACCAAAAAAAAAAUAAGAAAAAAAUAAGAAGAAUCUUUUGUUAGAAAGACU